AUGCAAUCAUCAGAAAAUACUCGUUCGACUUCUUUACGACAACAAACAUCGUGGACGCUGCAGGAACAUGAUCAAUUUUUACAAGGCUUGCAACGAUAUGGAACGGAUUGGAAUAAAAUUCAAAAUUUAAUUCCGAAUCGAGAAAAAGAGGAUAUUAGAGAAUAUGCAAAGGAAUUUUUCAAAAAGAAUAAGAGCGUCAUGAAUGAUGUCAUGGAGGAUUUUGAUGACGAUGAUGUGGAUCGGAACAAGUCAUUGACAGAUCGGGGAUCGUUAUUGUCAACACCCGAAGCACUUGCAAGUGCGUUUUUAACCAAUCCCGAAAGUGUCAAACAAUGGCAAAAAGAAACAUUGCAAAUGGCAAACAAAGAAAGGACUAAUUUAUUAGGAAUAUCGUCAACCACUUCUGAAACGACAAAAUUUGACAAGAUGACGCUCAUCAAUACACCAUAUGGUCAACAAUGCGAUUUGUUGGAUUUGGAAGCUCAAACUCGAGCGUUGGAUGAAGAAGUAGAAUUAAUGAAAAAUUGUGAGGAAAACCAGUCACUGUUCGAGGCAGUUUUGAAAAAUAUCAAGGAGAGAGGAGAUUCAUGUGAAACGAUGGAACAUUUACUUGAACACGUUGAGCAAAAUUCCGAACCAUCCAAUAGUAUUCACGUUCAUGAUAAUUUAACAAUACCUUCGAAUAAGCCAAACUUUGGAAAUAUUUAUGCGUUUCUUGGAGCUUUAUUCGAACCUGAAAGAUAUAACGUUGAGGAGCUGGGCGAAAUGUUAUCUCCUCAAGAAAAGGAAAUUUUACAAAUACUCAUGCACAACUUGGCGAUCACUCUGUCAACACAACAAUUUCAGGAAGAGUACUCGACCUAUGUUCAUCAGCUUUCUCAAUCCUCAUUAGGUACUGCUGUUUCAGGCCUUCCAAUCAUGACGCAACAACAAUACCAAAACUUCACCCAACAAUUGACAGCUAGAGAGGAAAAUUCAAACACGUCUACUUCUUCACAUAGAGUACCUGGAUCCAACCAAUUACCUGAAGAACAAUAA